AUGUACAUGUGUAAUGAUUACCUGAGUAAUGAGUACCUGUGUAAUGAGUACCUGUGUAAUGAGUACCUGUGUAAUGAGUACAUGUGUAAUGAGUACCCGUGUAAUGAGUACCCGUGUAAUGAUUACCUGUGUAAUGAGUACCUGUGUAAUGAGUACCUGUGUAAUGAGUACCUGUGUAAUGAGUACCCGUGUAAUGAGUACCCGUGUAAUGAGUACCUAUGUAAUGACUACCUGUGUAAUGAGUACCCGUGUAAUGAGUACCUGUGUAAUGAGUACCUGUGUAAUGAGUACCCGUGUAAUGAGUACCUGUGUAAUGAGUACCUGUGUAAUUGA